GAGGACGUUAGCCUGCGCCGGCUGACUGACGUGUGUCGCAGUUCUUCUGUAAGCAAAAACUGGCUUAAAUCGUGGCAGGUGUCGCUACCGUCAUGUGUGCAUAGUGAAGUUUUGUGCUCGUUCUAUUUCCUGUUCACGGAUUUAAUUAAACAUGGGUGAAUCAUUGCUGAAGGAAGAUCCCCUCUCGAGGAUCCAGAGAGAAAUAUACGAGGUGACAGAAAGAGAAAGGGAAUUUAAAGAAGGUCAUUUUAGAAUAAACAGGCUUAUGUCGGAAUCUACUAUUGACGUGAACCAUCAGAAUGGUUACGUUAACGGUAAUGGUUUGGACAAAGGUCCAAAAACCCUUAGUAGAGCGGUUUCUACCUCACAGUUGUUGGGACCCAUAGCACCUUCUCUCCCCACCACUAACACAUUACUGAAUACGAAUGGUUACACUCGCAGAUUUACGCCUCAGUCUGGAACAAAAGGCUUAAUGCAAAGGUUUAUUGCAAAUAAAGGGAAACUGCCCGUCACUUCUCCCGUAGGACCUACCUCUCCUGCACCGCUAGCGACAACGCUUACCUUCCCAGCCCCCGUCGUUCCGGUGUCUCCGGCUAUCGCUUCGGCUGUCGUCACUCGGACACCCGAGGGUAAGCCCGUUAGAAAAGGCUACGUUCCAGUAGAGGAGAAGAUACAAAAGGAGCUACAAGAAAUGAAAAACAGAGAACAUGAACUGAAAAAGAUGAGAAAGAAACAGAAGCCAUUCGACUUAGAACUGAGUGAUAAUGAAACAACUUCAGAAUCUGAAGAUGAAGAGAUUCCCAUGCCGGGCAAGUUGAAGGCGACUAAAUCGAUCGGUGAAUUAUAUGAAGCCUUGAAUGAAGAACUGAGGUCGCCCUCGCCUAGGAAUAGCUCGGGCCACGACUCGCUGGGCAGCUUGAAGCCGGCUAAAUCCCUUGCCGAGCUGUGUGAACUGGGUCCCGGUCAAGAGUUCCUAGCGCCUAGCUCUACGCGGCUCAUAGCCCAGUGGGAGUCCAUAAUCCAGCAAAAGCAAGAGGCGGGCGCCGCUUAGAUGAGACCACUCGUUAAGAAUAACUUAGGGCGUGUGACGCGAAAAUUGUAUAGUAAACAAAGUUGCCGUAGCGUGUCGGGUGUGACCACGUGUGAGUGAGUGCACCAUAUGGACAGUGUAACGGAUUGGGUAUUUCGUGAUCGUUAAACUCCAACCUAACGGUAUGUGUCAGAGUAACUGUUCGAUUUCUUAUUUUUUCGGCCAAUCGAUUGUAAAGUAAUUAAUUUUCUCCGCGAACAAUGCAAAUGAUGGUUAUCCGUAGCGGCAAUAAUUAUUAAAUCGUUGGAAAGCCGAUACAGAUAGAUCAUAUGGUGCGGUGUGAGUUGUGAGAUAGUUUCAUCCCAUUGUUAGAUAUUUCUGUACCCUAUUGAACAGCUUUUUAUGAGCUUUCCCGGUAGAGUGUACCUUUCUUCGCAAACUUUCAAUCAUUCGCAUGCGAAACGAUAAAAAAUGUAGGAUUGUUGUAUUAUUUUGUUUUAUAUUUUUCUACGAAACAGAAAUAAUAGUCAGAAACGCAAGUGAAGUACACAGAAGUCAGAAUUUGUCCGUAUUGACUGAUAUUGCCUGAUUGCAUUUAAAAUUAAUGUCAUGCAUUAUUCAUUACUAAAUUGAGCUAUACUUUCACGUUCUAUCGUCAAUACAAGCGAUCUUUUAAAUACAUAAUAUAUAAAUAUGUAUGUAAUUCCAGUAAGGUUAUUAAAAUUACACUGUGAACUUCCGAUUCAUUAAAAAUGAAUCAAAAUUAUUAAUUAAAACCUAUGAUACAUAUUUAAGUAUAUAUUUAUAAAGAAUAUGCCUCUUUAGAAAUUUUAAUGUAAGAGUACUUACUUAGCCAAUGAAUUAACGUUUAAUAAACAUUUAACUUAUAAAUAUAGUGCCUUAUUUUGUAUAGAAUUAAGCACAAUUUUAUUAUUUUUAAACAAUUACUAUUUGCAUUUCUAUGAUCGCUUUAACCACUCGAUUGUGUUUUGUAACAAUUUUAUAUCAAUAGUGAACCUGAUCAAUUAAUGUUAUUAUUUUUUAGAUUAAUCAAAUGAAAAUAAAGAUUUUUUUAAAAUUAAUAGUAUAAAUUUAUUAUCUUAUCUUAGGGAGCAUAUCUAUAUACUAUAUUUUAAUUUAAUUAAAAUACGCGAUAUUAUCACGUUCACUGUUAACAUCAAUUUGCUCUUACGUGACUAACACAUUGUUGUGGAAAUACUAAAGUACAAUAGUUAGAUGCAUAUUAUUUUUAUUUGUUUGUCGCGAAGUAGCUCUUAAUUAAUGUACGUUUGAAAAUGAACAAUUACUUGAUUCAUGGUAGGUGUGUUUUAAACAGAAUGAAGAGUAAUACAUGUUUCCAUUGUUCAGUAUUAUUUUGUAGCCGAAACAAUAAUUUAUUUUCCACCAAUCAAAAGGAAAAUGACUCCUUUUUUAUAAUAAUGAAUAUAUUGUGAUCAAUUGCCUUAAAAUAAUGCAUAAUAUAGUUGGAGAUGUUUACAAAUUCGAUAUUUACAAAACAAAAUAUAAUGAAUAUGUAUUCUAGAGUUUACUCAAUAAAAAUGUUGUCUUUAA